CGCGGUGCCGGAUUGCAAAACUGGAGAGUUUUCUUAGUGAGGGGUUGCUGCGUUUCACGUUUUCGUCAAUAUGGCUCUCCAGGCUGAUUUUGACAAGGCAGCUGAAAACGUAAAAAAAUUGAAGACCAAACCAAGUGAUGAUGAACUACUGCAGCUGUACGGGCUCUACAAACAAUCUACUGUGGGAGACAUCAAUAUCGAGUGUCCAGGAAUGCUAGACUUGAAAGGCAAAGCCAAAUGGGAAGCUUGGAACCUUAAGAAAGGUAUGUCAAAGGACGAUGCCAUGAAGGCUUACAUUUCUAAAGCCAAUGAGCUGAUACAGAAAUAUGGAAAUUAAGAGUUCCUCCAGAUAUAUUCAAUCUUCAGAAGCUAACAAAUAGUGGGAAGGCAGGAGCGCUACUGACUCUGCGGUCUGACAUGGAACUUCAUCAUCUGUAAUUCAGCUCUACAGAUUGUACCUGGUUGAAUUUGUUUAUAAUAAAUUUUUACGUAGUACGA